UUCCAGCGGCUAUGCCCACGGUGAGGAAACGUCAGAGAAAUUGGCCGUGAAUUUUCUCUUUUUCUUUCUAGAAGUCCCGUUUCUGUUGCUGUAUGCCCGAGUCUAGGUUGCCUUUUGGGAUAGUUGAGUUCGCGAUUAUUGUAGAAAGCAGUUGAACCCACUAUUAUAGCCCUAUUUUAGUGAAAAAGAUGUCAAGGUGAAGUGCCCUUGGGAAGACGUCGUCUGCAGGGGAUCAGGUCCCAGUUAAUUAAUCUCUAAUCAGAAUUAAAACGAAAUAAGCGAUGGCAUCAAAUGAAGCGAACAAGAACCAAGGGAUUGACGGAAUCGAAGAUGCAAUGGGAGAGCUAAUGAGCUCUGAAAAUUACAUCAUUGUUGACAUUGGAGCUAACCUCACCAAUAAGAAGUUCACAAGGGACCUAGACUCUGUUGUGUCAAGAGCUCGAGAUGCAGGAGUUCACAAGAUCAUGGUAACGGGCAUUACAGUACAGAGCAGCAAGGAAGCACUACGCCUAACCCGCCUCUUCCCAGAAACAUUAUACUCAACUGCAGGAGUACACCCACAUGAAGCGAAAACUUGGGAUGACGAAACAGAAGAGGCUCUACGAGAAUUGGCUGCCAACCAAGAGGUGGUAGCCAUAGGUGAGUGCGGACUGGACUUCAAUCGAAACUUCUCUCCUCAAGAUGUCCAGCUUGAGGUCUUUGAAAAGCAGGUCUCCCUAGCAUGCGAGUUGAGAAAACCACUUUUUGUACACGAAAGAGAUGCCCAUAAAGAGGUACUGGAGGUGUUGGGGAAAUACAAAGCACGUCUUCCUCCUGUAGUGAUUCACUGCUUCACAGGGGAUGCCACACAAGCAGCUGCCUACCUCAAAGAAGGAUGUUACAUUGGUCUUACAGGCUAUGUAUGGAAAGACAAAUCUGAGGAUGGUGUAAGGAGAAUUUUAGAGGAUGGAGUAGUCCCACUGGACAGACUCCUUGUUGAAACUGAUUCGCCAUUCAUGUACCCCAAUACCCGUGCCUCCAAGUUACCUCCAUAUGUCAAAGAGGCACUCACGGAAAGAUCUUUGACGUUUCUUCACCGAUACUGCACCUUCCAACGCAACGAACCUUGCUCUCUGCCAGUAACUAUUGAGAUGAUUGCAGCUUAUAUGAAGAAGAAAUCAGAGCAGGUAGCUCUCCAAACAACCUUCAAUGCUUUAAAGGUGUUUGGCCUGAGCACAUGAGAAACUGGCCACUGAUAACUGUUUUUCUUUCAAAUUAAAAAAUUAAUUGUACUUGGUGUACUUUUGCUCUGUUACUUGAAACAGUUAAAAAGAUAUACCAUGUUUUUCCUCCAAAAAGAACAAGAUUGCAGGUAAAGUCAUAGCCCACUUGCUCUACAAUUGGGUUGCUUCCUCUUAUAUUUUUUUCAUUCUUUCUCUCUCUCCUUUUUUUUACCCCACAACAAAGAAGAUUUUUUCACCAAUGCAUUUUGGGGGUGUGGCUUCCAUGUGAUGUUUAUUGCUUGAUGUAGUUGCUAAUGAAAAUCAUUUCAAGUCUUACCAAAGCACUUGUUGAUUUGCAAUCUGUGACAUAAAAGCUUUUUCUAUUUCCAUAUUGUCAAGGGCUCUAUCAGAGCUAUAGACCAUAUAGAGUGUCACAUUCAUGCAGCUAAUUUUUUUAUGGAUAUCAUUUUUUUCUUAUAGAAUCAAAGAUUUUGUACCUUCUGGCAAGGUCUGCCUGCUUGUAGCAAUUUGAUUAUAUCCCAAGGUUAUCACUUGGUUCCACAAUUCUGCAUGGUGGAUAACAGAGAGAGGUAAUUAUGUGAUAGCUAUCACAUGUAUUAGUUAAUGAUUAAGUUGCAUCACAAUCUUACCAUUAGAUAAUUGGUCUUAUCCUUUUGUGCUGCCAGUUCGAGAAUAUGACAUAGUGCUGGUAUUAUUAUGGACUUUGACUGCAGCUUAUAAAUCAGUCAGUGCUAGUAAUACUCUUUAGUAUUAAGGGUAAAGUAAUCAAACCCCCACCCUUUCAGACACCAUUUUCGUGGUUGUUGGUGGGUCUUUGUCAUGCUAGAGCAGUAGAAGAGAAUAAAGUGUUUGCAGCUCUAAGUGGUAUAAAAAUCACUUGCAACAAGUUUAUGAUCAGAAUGUGUUCUUUUUGUGUGCUAUAGUAGUCGGAAAAGCUGCAAGAUGACAGAAAUGAAAAUGAAUUAAAAGUUUCAUCUAUUCACAAUAACAUCAUAAUAUAUCUGAAUUUAUUUUUAAAAGAAAAAAAAAUAAAAGUUGCAAGAUGUCAGAAAUGAAAAUUGAUUAAUGAAAAAUUUCUUCCAUUCACAAUAACAUCAUCAUAUGAUUUUAUUUUUAAAAGAAAAAUUAAAGUUCCUCAGAAUAUGUUCUUUUUGUGUGCUAUGGUAGUCAGAAAAGCUGCAAGAUGACAGAAAGGAAAAUUAAUCAAUGAAAAAUUUCAUCCAUUCACAAUAACAUCAUAGUAUAUCUGAAUUUAUUUUUAAAAGAAGAAAUAAAAGUUUCUCAGAAGUUUUUAAUUGAUUAAUAUCACUUAUUUAUAAAAAGUUAUGUCUCUAACUAGAUAUUCUUUACUUUGUAAUCUAAAAGGAAUUUAACAUUGUGAUAAGUGAUGGUGCUUCUUAUGUGAUGUUACUGUUGGUAUCAUAGUUUGAUAAUGAUGAAUGUAAAAGUGCCUAAACCAAAAUUAUAUUUCUCAGUAUUAGUGUUUUUUAUGUCAUGCAUUCAGUGUAUGUGUAUAUAUGUUUGGGGUCAGUAGGCUUAUUUAUUUGAUGAGAUUAUGUAGCAAAAAUUCUUUAUUUUUUAUAUUUCUGUUUGGUACACUGUUUGUUUAUAUAUAUAUUUUUUAGAAGUAUGAUAUAAUUAGUAACUUUGUUUUAUUUAUUGUUGUUGAUGGUAUUAUUAAUUUUUAGUUAUUAAUUUUUUGAAAGUCACAUUCUUAUUAUUAUUAUUAUUUUUUAUUAUUUGUUCUAUAUUUGGACAGUUUUUCUUCCUUGUUUUUUAUUAUUUUUAUUUUAUAGAUGUUUUGGUUUACUACUUUUUUUUCCUUUUUUAUUGAAUAUUUUGUUUCUUUUAGAAAAAUACUAUUCUUUGGAAUACCAAACUCUAGUCUCUGUUUACCUUAUUUUCAUCAUGACAAUGCCAUUUCUCUUGAUAAGACUAUAUCGGUGUUCCUUCUCCUUUUCAGUCUUUUACGUUAUUUUUAUUUUUUCCCAUAGUUUUUGUAAAUUUCUCUGGAUCAUGUUUUUCACCAAUGCCUGAUAAUUGGGUCAGUUAAUUUUCUGUCUCUUGAUAUGAUAUUCUUUUGUGUAUAUACCUCAAUUCAAAUUAUACUUGACUGCUUUCCCCUUUUUUAUAUAUAUAUUUUAUGUGCUUGAGUUUAAAGGACAAUAUCCCUUGUUUUUUUUCUAUUCUUUUAAAUUUAAGAUAGACUUGAAGUCAUGUUCUUUAAGUUUAUGAUUUCUUUUAAUAAAGUAGGUGAUAAAAUAUAAACUAUUUCAAUUCUGAUAAUUUUCUAAGUUAUAAACAACCUGUUUCAUAGGAAUUGCUUUGACUCUUUUUGAUCUGAGUGCGGGAAUAAAGAGUUUGCAGUUUGAGUAAGUUUAUCAUUAUUAACUUUAUCUACAUAAUACAUCCCUUCUUGGGAAACUGGGUAUGUGCUGGUUUGAUAAUGGAAUAAGAGGAUAAUUGCUUUAAAAAGUGAAAGGGCAACUGGAAAUUAACACUGUCAAUUCCUGCUGAUAUUAGCUACUGUAUUAGAACUAAUUUGAUAGCCAUUUGUAAUUGCAAACAUAUUUAUUUUCGUGUUUUAUGCUACAGUUUGCUUUAAUGCAGUAUCAUUUUUUAGUCUCAUAUCCCCUCUUAUGCUAUCAAUUCUUAUACCUACAACAAACCUAUUCAUUAUACAUAUCUUCAUAGUUACCGAUGCACUGAUUUGUUUUGCAUUGAAAGCACAUAUAGGACAUAUAUAUAUAUAUUUUUUUUUUCAUAGGUAAACAUUCAAGUUUUAUGGAAGCAUCCAUUUAGUGUGCAAGAAUAUAGACCAUUUACUUUGUUUUUUUCUGGCCUAUUGUCAUUGCUUACUAUGAUAGUAAGGAAUGAUAAUAGUUAAUAUCAGUAACUUCAUUUUUGCUUACCAUAUCAUAGGCUUUCAUUGUCUCUUUCUUAUAAGUAAUAGCCUUAUAAGUUGUUGUUUUUUGCCAAAUAUGAUUGCCAGUUUCAUAUUCCAUGACUUGUAAAUUGUAAGUGUUUUCUUUCUGUGCUAAAUUUGGACCACCGUGAUCCAGAUGUUGAAUUUUCUUUUGAUUUGCCAGUUUUGUCUUUAUUUUUUUCUGUCUGUUUGUGAUGUCUUCUGAACAGUUAUCUAUACUAGCCAUUACUGUUUACAAACUUUGUGUCUAUAUAUUCAUUAGAUAUGUUUAGAAGUAUAGUAUUUCCCUGUAAUCACAUUUUUAUAUUUGCUUUCUGUUUCACAUGUAUUCUUUUGAUUUCUCUUUUGAAUGUCUGUAUUAAUUGAUACUACUUUUGCUGAAGUCAAAGGUAAGGGUAUCAGACUCAUAAACAUUGGGCAUGCA